UCUAACCUUAAACACGAAUAAACUUGAAUGCUUAAUUUAAAGCAUCAAAAACAGCUGAUUAUCAAAACUUUUACAUUUAAUUUGUAAAUAAUUAUGUUUUCAACGCUUAUCUAACGUUUAAUUUAACCGUAAUGGAAACCCUAACAAAACCGCGUCGUGUGCAGCCACAGAACAUCGUCAUACGACUCGCGGAACGCGAAAUCUUUGGCUGCAAGAAACCUGGUACACAUUUUCACACGGCACGAAGAUUCUACCAGAACGUAUUUCCUAAUUACACGCUUAUCAACGUCGAAAAACCUCCCUGUUUCGUGCGCAAGUUUAGUCCUGACGGAAAGUACCUUAUUGCGUUCUCAUCUGAUCAAACAUGUGUGGAAAUCUACAUGUAUCGAGGAGCUGGUGCAGCAGGAGACCUGUUGCACAAUGCAGAUGAGAAAGAUAAGAAGAACUUUGACGUGAAGCAUAAAAUAUUUGAUAGAUUUUUCAAGUUAAAACAUGUUGUUAACAUUUGUUCAUCAACCGAGCAAUUGAAUCGAGAAUGCAGUUUGUUUACGGAGGAUGGGCGAUAUGUGAUAGUCGGGUCUGCAACGUUCCUGCCUGAGCCAGUCAGGCCACAUUUUUAUGAAAUCUACACGAAUAACGAGUCUGUAACACCAAAUCCAAGAUUUCCUUUGGAAGACUUCUCAAUCCAUAUUAUUGACUUACAAAACGGCAAACUCUGUGAUACGCGCCUGUUCAAAGUCGACAAGAUCCACAUGUCGCACAAUCAAGGCCUCUACCUCUACAAAGACAUGCUUGCAGUCCUGUCAGUGCAGCAUCAAAUCGUCCACAUCUUUCAAAUCCUCGACGGGAUGUUCGUCGACUUUCGUAAGAUCGGCCGCUUUUGUUUCGAAGACGACGCGUAUUUCUUUCAAUCCGUCUUUCCGGUCGAACGUCCGUUUAGAGAAAAAUAUAUAAACUCGCUUAAACAUCGCAUUUUGGCGUUUUUGUAUCGCCGCGCGCAAAGGAUAGCCGCCCAGACGAAAGAUCCGUAUGAAAUACGUAAAUUCUAUCAAUAUUUCGACAAUUUUCAAAAUUUACGCAUUUGGAAGAUGCAAUUACUCGACGAGACACAUUUAUUAUUAAAAUACGCUAGUGAAGAUAUGGUUACACUGAAAAUAACUGAUCCUAACAGUGAACCGUCGUUUUUUGUCAUUUAUAAUAUAAUCGAGAGUAAAGUCUUGGCUAUUUAUGAGAAUAUCAGUCGUGAACUUUUGGAUUUAUUCGAACAGUUCAGCGAUAGUUUUCGCAAUGCGUGUAUUCACAACGAGGUAAAAUUCACGUGUAGCGCAUCGAAUAACAUCUUCGCGCGUUUGAUUCAACAUAGAUUCAAACAAACGAUCAUCAACGCGAAAUUCGGCGGAAAAAUCGAAGCAACGAAACGUUUGUUAGCGCAAAUACCAAUCAGCGCGCAGAGUUUCAGCAGCUCACCCUACUUAGACUUAUCUUUAUUCUCAUACGAUGAUAAAUGGGUAUCGGCCAUGGAAAGGCCCAAACCAUUCGGUGAAUAUCCAAUCAGAUUCUACGCACGUGACUCGGGUUUCCUAAAGUUUCGAAUUUACGCCGGUAAAGCGCCACGGUCGAUGCCAAUGGCGCGUAAGCUAGUCGCGUAUAUUUUCCACCCGACUGAUCCGUUCGCCAUGUCCGUCCAACGCACCAACUCCGAAUACAUUGUGAAUAUUCAUGUGCGAUUUGACAAACCCGGUGGGAAUUCAACGGACGAAGACAAUGUCAUUAAUUUUAGCUCGUAAUACUUACAACGAAACGUGUACAUUACGUUUUUUAUACAAUUUACAAUAUGAUUGUGCAAUCAUAUUGAGAGAGAAAGAAAUAUUUUCAUACUCAUGUACAAAUUAAACAAUUUAUUAUAAGUGAAA